AUGUUCCGCGAACUUCCUGAGGACGUGCAAGCCGAUGAGGACGGUGAAGCCGAAGCCAAGGCAAAGGCUGAUGCUGAAGAGGCCAAGAAGAAGGAGGUCGACUCCAAGACCGCCAAGAAGGAGGAGAAGGCCAAGCAAGAAGCCGAAGCCAAGGCUAAGCAAGAAGCGGAAGCCAAGGCAAAGGCUGAUGCUGAAGAGGCCAAGAAGAAGGAGGUCGACUCCAAGACCGCCAAGAAGGAGGAGAAGGCCAAGCAAGAAGCCGAAGCCAAGGCUAAGCUAGAAGCCGAAGCCAAGGCAAAGCUAGAAGCCGAAGCCAAGGCAAAGGCUGAUCCUGAAGAGGCCAAGAAGAAGGAGGUCGACUCCAAGACCGCCAAGAAGGAGGAGAAGGCCAAGCAAGAAGCGGAAGCCAAAGCCAAGCUAGAAGCCGAAGCCAAGGCAAAGGCUGAUGCUGAAGAGGCCAAGAAGAAGGAGGCCGACUCCAAGACCGCCAAGAAGGAGGAGGAGACGGCCAAGCAAGAAGCCGAAGCCAAGGCUAAGCUAGAAGCCGAAGCCAAGGCAAAGGCUGAUGCUGAAGAGGCCAAGAAGAAGGAGGCGGGCUCCAAGACCGCCAAGAAAGAGGAGAAGGCCCAGAAGGAGGCCGAGGAUAAGACCAAGAAGGCCGCCCAAGAGCUCAAAGGAGCUCAAAGUGGCGAGCAAGAGGGCGAGAGCAUCGAGGGUAAGACAAAGCUCGGCAAGAAGUCGCGUGCCGAGGGAGCUGAAUUCGAGCAAGACGAGGCAAAGCCGAAGGAAAAGUCGGUCGUUGCUAAUGUUGAAGCUCAACUCCGCGCCAAGGAACCUCACGCAGGUCUGGACAUUGACCUGAUGAUCGAAACCAUAGAAGAAGUGAACCUCAACCUGAAGUUGGAGGCGACGAAAAAGAAACAAGUAAAGGAACCGGCCGAAGCGAAGCCCGAAGAACAAAAGGAGGUAGAACCCAAACCUACAAAGAAGGACAAGAAGGCCCAGCAAGAAGCCGAAGCCAAGGCCAAGCAAGAAGCCGAAGCCAAGGCUAAGCAAGAAGCCGAAGCCAAAGCCAAGCUAGAAGCCGAAGCCAAGGCAAAGGCUGAUGCUGAGGAGGCCAAGAAGAAGGAGGCCGACUCCAAGACCGCCAAGAAGGAGGAGAAGGCCAAGCAAGAAGCCGAAGCCAAGGCUAAGCAAGAGGCCGAAGCCAAGGCAAAGGCUGAUGCUGAAGAGGCCAAGAAGAAGGAGGUCGACUCCAAGACGGCCAAGAAGGAGGAGAAGGCCAAGCAAGAAGCCGAAGCCAAGGCUAAGCAAGAACCGGAAGCCAAAGCCAAGCUAGAAGCCGAAGCCAAGGCAAAGGCUGAUGCUGAGGAGGCCAAGAAGAAGGAGGCCGACUCCAAGACCGCCAAGAAGGAGGAGAAGGCCAAGCAAGAAGCCGAAGCCAAGGCUAAGCAAGAGGCCGAAGCCAAGGCAAAGGCUGAUGCUGAAGAGGCCAAGAAGAAGGAGGUCGACUCCAAGACGGCCAAGAAGGAGGAGAAGGCCAAGCAAGAAGCCGAAGCCAAGGCUAAGCAAGAAGCGGAAGCCAAGGCAAAGGCUGAUGCUGCAGAGGCCAAGAAGAAGGAGGUCGACUCCAAGAUCUCCAAGAAGGAGGAGAAGGCCAAGCAAGAAGCCGAAGCCAAGGCCAAGCAAGAAGCCGAAGCCAAGGCCAAGCUAGAAGCCGAAGCCAAGGCAAAGGCUGAUCCUGAAGAGGCCAAGAAGAAGGAGGUCGACUCCAAGACCGCCAAGAAGGAGGAGAAGGCCAAGGAAGAAGCGGAAGCCAAAGCCAAGCUAGAAGCCGAAGCCAAGGCAAAGGCUGAUGCUGAAGAGGCCAAGAAGAAGGAGGUCGACUCCAAGACCGCCAAGAAGGAGGAGAAGGCCAAGCAAGAAGCCGAAGCCAAGGCUAAGCAAGAAGCCGAAGCCAAGGCAAAGGCUGAUGCUGAAGAGGCCAAGAAGAAGGAGGUCGACCUCAAGACCGCCAAGAAGGAGGAGAAGGCCAGGCAAGAAGCCGAAGCCAAGGCUAAGCUAGAAGCCGAAGCCAAGGCAAAGGCUGAUCCUGAAGAGGCCAAGAAGAAGGAGGUCGACUCCAAGACCGCCAAGAAGGAGGAGAAGGCCAAGCAAGAAGCCGAAGCCAAGGCUAAGCUAGAAGCCGAAGCCAAGGCAAAGGCUGAUGCUGAAGAGGCCAAGAAGAAGGAGGCCGACUCCAAGACCGCCAAGAAGGAGGAGGAGACGGCCAAGCAAGAAGCCGAAGCCAAGGCUAAGCAAGAGGCCGAAGCCAAGGCAAAGGCUGAUGCUGAAGAGGCCAAGAAGAAGGAGGUCGACUCCAAGACCGCCAAGAAGGAGGAGAAGGCCAAGCAAGAAGCCGAAGCCAAGGCUAAGCAAGAGGCCGAAGCCAAGGCAAAGGCUGAUGCUGAAGAGGCCAAGAAGAAGGAGGCGGGCUCCAAGACCGCCAAGAAGGAGGAGAAGGCCCAGAAGGAGGCCGAGGAUAAGACCAAGAAGGCCGCCCAAGAGCUCAAAGGAGCUCAAAGUGGCGAGCAAGAGGGCGAGAGCAUCGAGGGUAAGACAAAGCUCGGCAAGAAGUCGCGUGUCGAGGGAGCUGAAUUCGAGCAAGACGAGGCAAAGCCGAAGGAAAAGUCGGUCGUUGCUAAUGUUGAAGCUCAACUCCGCGCCAAGGAACCUCACGCAGGUCUGGACAUUGACCUGAUGAUCGAAACCAUAGAAGAAGUGAACCUCAACCUGAAGUUGGAGGCGACGAAAAAGAAACAAGUAAAGGAACCGGCCGAAGCGAAGCCCGAAGAACAAAAGGAGGUAGAACCCAAACCUACAAAGAAGGACAAGAAGGCCCAGCAAGAAGCCGAAGCCAAGGCUAAGCAAGAAGCGGAAGCCAAGUCCAAGCAAGAAGUCGAAGCCAAGGCAAAGGCUGAUGCUGACGAGGCCAAGAAGAAGGAGGCCGACUCCAAGACCGCCAAGAAGGAGGAGAAGGCCAAGCAAGAAGCCGAAGCCAAGGCUAAGCAAGAGGCCGAAGCCAAGGCAAAGGCUGAUGCUGAAGAGGCCAAGAAGAAGGAGGUCGACUCCAAGACCGCCAAGAAGGAGGAGAAGGCCAAGCAAGAAGCCGAAGCCAAGGCUAAGCAAGAAGCGGAAGCCAAGGCAAAGGCUGAUGCUGCAGAGGCCAAGAAGAAGGAGGUCGACUCCAAGAUCUCCAAGAAGGAGGAGAAGGCCAAGCAAGAAGCGGAAGCCAAGGCCAAGCAAGAAGCCGAAGCCAAGGCCAAGCUAGAAGCCGAAGCCAAGGCAAAGGCUGAUCCUGAAGAGGCCAAGAAGAAGGAGGUCGACUCCAAGACCGCCAAGAAGGAGGAGAAGGCCAAGCAAGAAGCGGAAGCCAAAGCCAAGCUAGAAGCCGAAGCCAAGGCAAAGGCUGAUGCUGAAGAGGCCAAGAAGAAGGAGGUCGACUCCAAGACCGCCAAGAAGGAGGAGAAGGCCAAGCAAGAAGCCGAAGCCAAGGCCAAGCAAGAAGCCGAAGCCAAGGCCAAGCUAGAAGCCGAAGCCAAGGCAAAGGCUGAUCCUGAAGAGGCCAAGAAGAAGGAGGUCGACUCCAAGACCGCCAAGAAGGAGGAGAAGGCCAAGCAAGAAGCGGAAGCCAAAGCCAAGCUAGAAGCCGAAGCCAAGGCAAAGGCUGAUGCUGAAGAGGCCAAGAAGAAGGAGGUCGACUCCAAGACCGCCAAGAAGGAGGAGAAGGCCAAGCAAGAAGCCGAAGCCAAGGCUAAGCUAGAAGCCGAAGCCAAGGCAAAGGCUGAUGCUGAAGAGGCCAAGAAGAAGGAGGUCGACUCCAAGACCGCCAAGAAGGAGGAGAAGGCCAAGCAAGAAGCCGAAGCCAAGGCUAAGCAAGAGGCCGAAGCCAAGGCAAAGGCUGAUGCUGAAGAGGUCAAGAAGAAGGAGGCCGACUCCAAGACCGCCAAGAAGGAGGAGAAGGCCAAGCAAGAAGCCGACGCCAAGGCUAAGCAAGAGGCCGAAGCCAAGGCAAAGGCUGAUGCUGAAGAGGCCAAGAAGAAGGAGGCGGGCUCCAAGACCGCCAAGAAGGAGGAGAAGGCCCAGAAGGAGGCCGAGGAUAAGACCAAGAAGGUCGCCCAAGAGCUCAAAGGAGCUCAAAGUGGCGAGCAAGAGGGCGAGAGCAUCGAGGGUAAGACAAAGCUCGGCAAGAAGUCGCGUGCCGAGGGAGCUGAAUUCGAGCAAGACGAGGCAAAGCCGAAGGAAAAGUCGGUCGUUGCUAAUGUUGAAGCUCAACUCCGCGCCAAGGAACCUCACGCAGGUCUGGACAUUGACCUGAUGAUCGAAACCAUAGAAGAAGUGAACCUCAACCUGAAGUCGGAGGCGACGAAAAAGAAACAAGUAAAGGAACCGGCCGAAGCGAAGCCCGAAGAACAAAAGGAGGUAGAACCCAAACCUACAAAGAAGGACAAGAAGGCCCAGCAAGAAGCCGAAGCCAAGGCUAAGCAAGAAGCGGAAGCCAAGUCCAAGCAAGAAGUCGAAGCCAAGGCAAAGGCUGAUGCUGACGAGGCCAAGAAGAAGGAGGCCGACUCCAAGACCGCCAAGAAGGAGGAGAAGGCCAAGCAAGAAGCCGAAGCCAAGGCUAAGCAAGAGGCCGAAGCCAAGGCAAAGGCUGAUGCUGAAGAGGCCAAGAAGAAGGAGGUCGACUCCAAGACCGCCAAGAAGGAGGAGAAGGCCAAGCAAGAAGCGGAAGCCAAAGCCAAGCUAGAAGCCGAAGCCAAGGCAAAGGCUGAUGCUGAAGAGGCCAAGAAGAAGGAGGUCGACUCCAAGACCGCCAAGAAGGAGGAGAAGGCCAAGCAAGAAGCCGAAGCCAAGGCCAAGCAAGAAGCCGAAGCCAAGGCCAAGCUAGAAGCCGAAGCCAAGGCAAAGGCUGAUCCUGAAGAGGCCAAGAAGAAGGAGGUCGACUCCAAGACCGCCAAGAAGGAGGAGAAGGCCAAGCAAGAAGCGGAAGCCAAAGCCAAGCUAGAAGCCGAAGCCAAGGCAAAGGCUGAUGCUGAAGAGGCCAAGAAGAAGGAGGUCGACUCCAAGACCGCCAAGAAGGAGGAGAAGGCCAAGCAAGAAGCCGAAGCCAAGGCUAAGCUAGAAGCCGAAGCCAAGGCAAAGGCUGAUGCUGAAGAGGCCAAGAAGAAGGAGGCCGACUCCAAGACCGCCAAGAAGGAGGAGAAGGCCAAGCAAGAAGCCGAAGCCAAGGCUAAGCAAGAAGCCGAAGCCAAAGCCAAGCUAGCAGCCGAAGCCAAGGCAAAGGCUGAUGCUGAAGAGGCCAAGAAGAAGGAGGUCGACUCCAAGACCGCCAAGAAGGACGAGAAGGCCAAGCAAGAAGCCGAAGCCAAGGCUAAGCAAGAGGCCGAAGCCAAGGCAAAGGCUGAUGCUGAAGAGGCCAAGAAGAAGGAGGCCGACUCCAAGACCGCCAAGAAGGAGGAGAAGGCCAAGCAAGAAGCCGAAGCCAAGGCUAAGCAAGAGGCCGAAGCCAAGGCAAAGGCUGAUGCUGAAGAGGUCAAGAAGAAGGAGGCCGACUCCAAGACCGCCAAGAAGGAGGAGAAGGCCAAGCAAGAAGCCGACGCCAAGGCUAAGCAAGAGGCCGAAGCCAAGGCAAAGGCUGAUGCUGAAGAGGCCAAGAAGAAGGAGGCGGGCUCCAAGACCGCCAAGAAGGAGGAGAAGGCCCAGAAGGAGGCCGAGGAUAAGACCAAGAAGGCCGCCCAAGAGCUCAAAGGAGCUCAAAGUGGCGAGCAAGAGGGCGAGAGCAUCGAGGGUAAGACAAAGCUCGGCAAGAAGUCGCGUGCCGAGGGAGCUGAAUUCGAGCAAGACGAGGCAAAGCCGAAGGAAAAGUCGGUCGUUGCUAAUGUUGAAGCUCAACUCCGCGCCAAGGAACCUCACGCAGGUCUGGACAUUGACCUGAUGAUCGCAACCAUAGAAGAAGUGAACCUCAACCUGAAGUUGGAGGCGACGAAAAAGAAACAAGUAAAGGAACCGGCCGAAGCGAAGCCCGAAGAACAAAAGGAGGUAGAACCCAAACCUACAAAGAAGGACAAGAAGGCCCAGCAAGAAGCCGAAGCCAAGGCUAAGCUAGAAGCCGAAGCCAAGGCAAAGGCUGAUGCUGAAGAGGCCAAGAAGAAGGAGGUCGACUCCAAGACCGCCAAGAAGGAGGAGAAGGCCAAGCAAGAAGCCGAAGCGAAGGCUAAGCUAGAAGCCGAAGCCAAGGCAAAGACUGAUGCUGAAGAGGCCAAGAAGAAGGAGGCCGAGUCCAAGACCGCCAAGAAGGAGGAGAAGGCCAAGCAAGAAGCCGAAGCCAAGGCUAAGCUAGAAGCCGAAGCCAAGGCAAAGGCUGAUGCUGAAGAGGCCAAGAAGAAGGAGGUCGACUCCAAGACCGCCAAGAAGGAGGAGAAGGCCAAGCAAGAAGCCGACGCCAAGGCUAAGCAGGAGGCCGAAGCCAAGGCAAAGGCUGAUGCUGAAGAGGCCAAGAAGAAGGAGGCCGACUCCAAGACCGCCAAGAAGGAGGAGAAGGCCAAGCAAGAAGCCGAAGCCAAGGCUAAGCAAGAAGCGGAAGCCAAAGCCAAGCUAGAAGCCGAAGCCAAGGCAAAGGCUGAUGCUGAAGAGGCCAAGAAGAAGGAGGCCGACUCCAAGACCGCCAAGAAGGAGGAGAAGGCCAAGCAAGAAGCCGAAGCCAAGGCUAAGCUAGAAGCCGAAGCCAAGGCAAAGGCUGAUGCUGAAGAGGCCAAGAAGAAGGAGGUCGACUCCAAGACCGCCAAGAAGGAGGAGAAGGCCAAGCAAGAAGCCGAAGCCAAGGCUAAGCUAGAAGCCGACGCCAAGGCAAAGGCUGAUGCUGAAGAGGCCAAGAAGAAGGAGGCCGACUCCAAGACCGCCAAGAAGGAGGAGAAGGCCAAGCAAGAAGCCGAAGCCAAGGCUAAGCAAGAAGCCGAAGCCAAGGCUAAGCAAGAAGCCGAAGCCAAGGCUAAGCUAGAAGCCGAAGCCAAGGCAAAGGCUGAUCCUGAAGAGGCCAAGAAGAAGGAGGUCGACUCCAAGACCGCCAAGAAGGAGGAGAAGGCCAAGCAAGAAGCCGAAGCCAAGGCUAAGCUAGAAGCCGAAGCCAAGGCAAAGGCUGAUGCUGAAGAGGCCAAGAAGAAGGAGGUCGACUCCAAGACCGCCAAGAAGGAGGAGAAGGCCAAGCAAGAAGCCGAAGCCAAGGCUAAGCAAGAGGCCGAAGCCAAGGCAAAGGCUGAUGCUGAAGAGGCCAAGAAGAAGGAGGUCGACUCCAAGACCGCCAAGAAGGAGGAGAAGGCCAAGCAAGAAGCCGAAGCCAAGGCUAAGCAAGAGGCCGAAGCCAAGGCAAAGGCUGAUGCUGAAGAGGUCAAGAAGAAGGAGGCCGACUCCAAGACCGCCAAGAAGGAGGAGAAGGCCAAGCAAGAAGCCGACGCCAAGGCUAAGCAAGAGGCCGAAGCCAAGGCAAAGGCUGAUGCUGAAGAGGCCAAGAAGAAGGAGGCCGACUCCAAGACCGCCAAGAAGGAGGAGACGGCCAAGCAAGAAGCCGAAGCCAAGGCUAAGCUAGAAGCCGAAGCCAAGGCAAAGGCUGAUGCUGAAGAGGCCAAGAAGAAGGAGGCGGGCUCCAAGACCGCCAAGAAGGAGGAGAAGGCCCAGAAGGAGGCCGAGGAUAAGACCAAGAAGGCCGCCCAAGAGCUCAAAGGAGCUCAAAGUGGCGAGCAAGAGGGCGAGAGCAUCGAGGGUAAGACAAAGCUCGGCAAGAAGUCGCGUGCCGAGGGAGCUGAAUUCGAGCAAGACGAGGCAAAGCCGAAGGAAAAGUCGGUCGUUGCUAAUGUUGAAGCUCAACUCCGCGCCAAGGAACCUCACGCAGGUCUGGACAUUGACCUGAUGAUCGAAACCAUAGAAGAAGUGAACCUCAACCUGAAGUUGGAGGCGACGAAAAAGAAACAAGUAAAGGAACCGGCCGAAGCGAAGCCCGAAGAACAAAAGGAGGUAGAACCCAAACCUACAAAGAAGGACAAGAAGGCCCAGCAAGAAGCCGAAGCCAAGGCUAAGCAAGAAGCGGAAGCCAAGUCCAAGCAAGAAGUCGAAGCCAAGGCAAAGGCUGAUGCUGACGAGGCCAAGAAGAAGGAGGUCGACUCCAAGACCGCCAAGAAGGAGGAGAAGGCCAAGCAAGAAGCCGAAGCCAAGGCCAAGCAAGAAGCCGAAGCCAAGGCCAAGCUAGAAGCCGAAUCCAAGGCAAAGGCUGAUCCUGAAGAGGCCAAGAAGAAGGAGGUCGACUCCAAGACCGCCAAGAAGGAGGAGAAGGCCAAGCAAGAAGCGGAAGCCAAAGCCAAGCUAGAAGCCGAAGCCAAGGCAAAGGCUGAUGCUGAAGAGGCCAAGAAGAAGGAGGUCGACUCCAAGACCGCCAAGAAGGAGGAGAAGGCCAAGCAAGAAGCCGAAGCCAAGGCUAAGCUAGAAGCCGAAGCCAAGGCAAAGGCUGAUGCUGAAGAGGCCAAGAAGAAGGAGGUCGACUCGAAGACCGCCAAGAAGGACGAGAAGGCCAAGCAAGAAGCCGAAGCCAAGGCAAAGGCUGAUGCUGAAGAGGUCAAGAAGAAGGAGGCCGACUCCAAGACCGCCAAGAAGGAGGAGAAGGCCAAGCAAGAAGCCGACGCCAAGGCUAAGCAAGAGGCCGAAGCCAAGGCAAAGGCUGAUGCUGAAGAGGCCAAGAAGAAGGAGGCCGACUCCAAGACCGCCAAGAAGGAGGAGGAGACGGCCAAGCAAGAAGCCGAAGCCAAGGCUAAGCAAGAGGCCGAAGCCAAGGCAAAGGCUGAUGCUGAAGAGGCCAAGAAGAAGGAGGUCGACUCCAAGACCGCCAAGAAGGAGGAGAAGGCCAAGCAAGAAGCCGAAGCCAAGGCUAAGCAAGAGGCCGAAGCCAAGGCAAAGGCUGAUGCUGAAGAGGUCAAGAAGAAGGAGGCCGACUCCAAGACCGCCAAGAAGGAGGAGAAGGCCAAGCAAGAAGCCGACGCCAAGGCUAAGCAAGAGGCCGAAGCCAAGGCAAAGGCUGAUGCUGAAGAGGCCAAGAAGAAGGAGGCGGGCUCCAAGACCGCCAAGAAGGAGGAGAAGGCCCAGAAGGAGGCCGAGGAUAAGACCAAGAAGGCCGCCCAAGAGCUCAAAGGAGCUCAAAGUGGCGAGCAAGAGGGCGAGAGCAUCGAGGGUAAGACAAAGCUCGGCAAGAAGUCGCGUGCCGAGGGAGCUGAAUUCGAGCAAGACGAGGCAAAGCCGAAGGAAAAGUCGGUCGUUGCUAAUGUUGAAGCUCAACUCCGCGCCAAGGAACCUCACGCAGGUCUGGACAUUGACCUGAUGAUCGAAACCAUAGAAGAAGUGAACCUCAACCUGAAGUUGGAGGCGACGAAAAAGAAACAAGUAAAGGAACCGGCCGAAGCGAAGCCCGAAGAACAAAAGGAGGUAGAACCCAAACCUACAAAGAAGGACAAGAAGGCCCAGCAAGAAGCCGAAGCCAAGGCUAAGCAAGAAGCCGAAGCCAAGGCUAAGCUAGAAGCCGAAGCCAAGGCAAAGGCUGAUGCUGAAGAGGCCAAGAAGAAGGAGGUCGACUCCAAGACCGCCAAGAAGGACGAGAAGGCCAAGCAAGAAGCCGAAGCCAAGGCUAAGCUAGAAGCCGAAGCCAAGGCAAAGGCUGAUGCUGAAGAGGCCAAGAAGAAGGAGGUCGACUCCAAGACCGCCAAGAAGGAGGAGAAGGCCAAGCAAGAAGCCGAAGCCAAGGCUAAGCUAGAAGCCGAAGCCAAGGCAAAGACUGAUGCUGAAGAGGCCAAGAAGAAGGAGGCCGAGUCCAAGACCGCCAAGAAGGAGGAGAAGGCCAAGCAAGAAGCCGAAGCCAAGGCUAAGCUAGAAGCCGAAGCCAAGGCAAAGGCUGAUGCUGAAGAGGCCAAGAAGAAGGAGGUCGACUCCAAGACCGCCAAGAAGGAGGAGAAGGCCAAGCAAGAAGCCGACGCCAAGGCUAAGCAGGAGGCCGAAGCCAAGGCAAAGGCUGAUGCUGAAGAGGCCAAGAAGAAGGAGGCCGACUCCAAGACCGCCAAGAAGGAGGAGAAGGCCAAGCAAGAAGCCGAAGCCAAGGCUAAGCAAGAAGCGGAAGCCAAAGCCAAGCUAGAAGCCGAAGCCAAGGCAAAGGCUGAUGCUGAAGAGGCCAAGAAGAAGGAGGCCGACUCCAAGACCGCCAAGAAGGACGAGAAGGCCAAGCAAGAAGCCGACGCCAAGGCUAAGCAGGAGGCCGAAGCCAAGGCAAAGGCUGAUGCUGAAGAGGCCAAGAAGAAGGAGGCCGACUCCAAGACCGCCAAGAAGGAGGAGAAGGCCAAGCAAGAAGCCGAAGCCAAGGCUAAGCAAGAAGCGGAAGCCAAAGCCAAGCUAGAAGCCGAAGCCAAGGCAAAGGCUGAUGCUGAAGAGGCCAAGAAGAAGGAGGUCGACUCCAAGACCGCCAAGAAGGACGAGAAGGCCAAGCAAGAAGCCGAAGCCAAGGCUAAGCAAGAAGCGGAAGCCAAAGCCAAGCUAGAAGCCGAAGCCAAGGCAAAGGCUGAUGCUGAAGAGGCCAAGAAGAAGGAGGCCGACUCCAAGACCGCCAAGAAGGAGGAGAAGGCCAAGCAAGAAGCCGAAGCCAAGGCUAAGCAAGAAGCGGAAGCCAAAGCCAAGCUAGAAGCCGAAGCCAAGGCAAAGGCUGAUGCUGAAGAGGCCAAGAAGAAGGAGGCCGACUCCAAGACCGCCAAGAAGGAGGAGAAGGCCAAGCAAGAAGCCGAAGCCAAGGCUAAGCAAGAGGCCGAAGCCAAGGCAAAGGCUGAUGCUGAAGAGGCCAAGAAGAAGGAGGCCGACUCCAAGACCGCCAAGAAGGAGGAGAAGGCCAAGCAAGAAGCCGAAGCCAAGGCUAAGCAAGAAGCGGAAGCCAAAGCCAAGCUAGAAGCCGAAGCCAAGGCAAAGGCUGAUGCUGAGGAGGCCAAGAAGAAGGAGGCCGACUCCAAGACCGCCAAGAAGGAGGAGAAGGCCAAGCAAGAAGCCGAAGCCAAGGCUAAGCUAGAAGCCGAAGCCAAGGCAAAGGCUGAUGCUGAAGAGGCCAAGAAGAAGGAGGUCGACUCUAAGGCCGCCAAGAAGGAGGAGAAGGCCAAGCAAGAAGCCGAAGCCAAGGCCAAGCAAGAGGCGGAAGCCAAGGCAAAGACUGAUGCUGAAGAGGCCAAGAGGAAGGAGGCCGACUCCAAGAUUUCCAAGAAGGAAGAGAAGGCCAAGCAAGACGCCGAAGCCAAGGCCAAGCAAGAAGCCGAAGCCAAGGCAAAGGCUGAUGCUGAAAAGGCCAAGAAGAAGGAGGUCGACUCCAAGACCGCCAAGAAGGAGGAGAAGGCCAAGCAAGAAGCCGAAGCCAAGGCCAAGCAAGAAGCCGAGGCCAAGGCCAAGCAAGAAGCCGAAGCCAAGGCAGAGGCUGAAGAGUCCAAGAAGAAGGAGGCCGACUCCAAGUCCGCCAAGAAGGACGAGAAGGUCAAGAAGGCGAAGGACGUCGAAGCUAGUUUGAAAACCAAGGCACCAUCAUUCGUUGAAUGCUUCUGCACGGCCAGCUUUACCAAGCAGCGCACUGAGCGCAUCGGAGUUGGAUUUGUUUUUGGAAGAGGACCGGAACCGAGUGAGGAGUUGCCUUCCGAAAGCGAGUAUCCCGAUCUGCUCUCCCCCGUUCUCAACAUCAAAUCGCCGUUGGGAGAGGAGGUGAUGUUCCCCGAGGAGCCAGCCGAGAAGAAGAAGAAGAAAAAGAAGAAGGGAAAAGAUCAGCAGAAGGAAGAGAAGACUGAGGGGCUCUUAGAGGUCAAUGUGUCGAGGCAACGUACAAGUUCCGGGACGAGCGACCUCAUGGUGGAACUCGACAUUUCCGCCGGAGAAGAGCAGGCAAAAACCGAUGCGGUUGUCGACAUGAACUUCUUCGAUUUCGAGGAGACUGAGAUCAGCCUACACGAGCCGACACCAGUGGAGAAUCUGCUCGAGGUCGACGUGAUGCUGGAGUCGCUGCAAGAAGAGGAGGAGAUUGAUGCGAUCGCGCCAGCCAAAGCCAUGCAGGCCGUCGAACAAACGAUACAACGCAAAUACGGGGACGCGAAGCUGUCGAAGAACUUUGACGAGCAGCGUAUGCCCCAAAGAGCUGAGGCCGAGAUAGUCGUCAGUGAGAAGAGCGUGGUUACCGCGAAGACGCGCAAGACCAUCUUCCGCGAACUUCCUGAGGACGUGCAAGCCGAUGAGGAAGGUGAAAAACCUCGUCAAGUCAUCCUGCAACACCCGGAACCCCUUUCCAUUGACGUUGUCAGUCAAGUCGGAAAGCUCACGGUCGUCGCCAAGCAUCCGAUCGAAGAGGCCGUUUGGUACCGCAACGACCUCGUCGUGCCCAAGUCCGACUUUGUGGAGCAGGCGGACGGCCCGAACACGUCGAGCCUAAUCCUGAAACGCUUCACUGGCAGCUUGAAGAAAAAGAAGAAGGUUACAAAACGCAAGGACUCCGCCGCGAAGUCGCUGGGCGAAGCCGAGGCCAGGUCGGUCCAGGAGGAGAAGGCGACGAAGGAGGCUGAAGAGAAGCCUAAGAAGGAAGCUGUGGCCAAGGCCAGGCAAGAAGCCGAAGACAAGGCCAAGCAAGACGCCGAAGCCAAGGCAAAGGCUGAAGCUGAAGAGGCCAAGAAGAAAGAGGCCGACUCCAAGACGGACAAGAAGGAGGAGAAGGCCAAGAAGGAGGCUGAGGACAAAGCCAAGCAAGAAGCCGAAGUCAAGGCAAAGGCUGAUGCUGAAGAGGCCAAGAAGAAGGAGGCCGACUCCAAGACGGCCAAGAAGGAGGAGAAGGCCAAGAAGGAGGCCGAGGAGAAGGCCAAGAAGGAGGCUGAGGACAAAGCCAAGCUAGAAGCCGAAGCCAAGGCAAAGGCUGAUGCUGAAGAGGCCAAGAAGAAGGAGGCCGACUCCAAGACGGCCAAGAAGGAGGAGAAGGCCAAGAAGGAGGCCGAGGAGAAGGCCAAGAAGGAGGCUGAGGACAAAGCCAAGCUAGAAGCCGAAGCCAAGGCCAAGCAAGAAGCCGAAGCCAAGGCAAAGGCUGAUGCUGAAGAUGCCAAGAAGAAGGAGGCCGACUCCAAGACGGCCAAGAAGGAGGAGAAGGCCAAGAAGGAGGCCGAGGAGAAGGCCAAGAAGGAGGCUGAGGACAAAGCCAAGCUAGAAGCCGAAGCCAAGGCAAAGGCUGAUGCUGAAGAGGCCAAGAAGAAGGAGGCCGACUCCAAGACGGCCAAGAAGGAGGAGAAGGCCAAGAAGGAGGCCGAGGAGAAGGCCAAGAAGGAGGCUGAGGACAAAGCCAAGCUAGAAGCCGAAGCCAAGGCCAAGCAAGAAGCCGAAGCCAAGGCAAAGGCUGAUGCUGAAGAGGCCAAGAAGAAGGAGGCCGACUCCAAGACGGCCAAGAAGGAGGAGAAGGCCAAGAAGGAGGCUGAUGAGAAGGCCAAGAAGGAGGCUGAGGACAAAGCCAAGCUAGAAACCGAAGCCAAGGCCAAGCAAGAAGCCGAAGCCAAGGCAAAGGCUGAUGCUGAAGAGGCCAAGAAGAAGGAGGCCGACUCCAAGACGGCCAAGAAGGAGGAGAAGGCCAAGAAGGAGGCCGAGGAGAAGGCCAAGAAGGAGGCUGAGGACAAAGCCAAGCUAGAAGCCGAAGCCAAGGAAAAGGCUGAUGCUGAAGAUGCCAAGAAGAAGGAGGCCGACUCCAAGACGGCCAAGAAGGAGGAGAAGGCCAAGAAGGAGGCCGAGGAGAAGGCCAAGAAGGAGGCUGAGGACAAAGCCAAGCUAGAAGCCGAAGCCAAGGAAAAGGCUGAUGCUGAAGAUGCCAAGAAGAAGGAGGCCGACUCCAAGACGGCCAAGAAGGAGGAGAAGGCCAAGAAGGAGGCCGAGGAGAAGGCCAAGAAGGAGGCUGAAGACAAAGCCAAGCUAGGAGCCGAAGCCAAGGCCAAGCAAGAAGCCGAAGCCAAGGCAAAGGCUGAUGCUGAAGAGGCCAAGAAGAAGGAGGCCGACUCCAAGACGGCCAAGAAGGAGGAGAAGGCCAAGAAGGAGGCUGAUGAGAAGGCCAAGAAGGAGGCUGAGGACAAAGCCAAGCUAGAAGCCGAAGCCAAGGCCAAGCAAGAAGCCGAAGCCAAGGCAAAGGCUGAUGCUGAAGAGGCCAAGAAGAAGGAGGCCGACUCCAAGACGUCCAAGAAGGAGGAGAAGGCCAAGGAGGAGGCCGAGGAGAAGGCCAAGAAGGAGGCUGAGGACAAAGCCAAGCUAGAAGCCGAAGCCAAGGCAAGGGCCGACGAGGAAAAGAAAGCGGCGCAAGACCUCAAGGGUGCCCAAUCCGGCGAGCAAGCCGGUGAGGACCUCGAGGGGUCCGCCAAACUGCGCAAGAAAUCGAAGACUGAAGGAGCCGAGAAAGAAGCGGACGAGGAGAAGCCCAAGAAAAAGAAGAAGAGCACCAAGAAGGCAGCUGAAGAAGUGGAGACACCAAAGGAAACUACCGAUGAGGAGGGUGCUGAGGUUGCUGAUGUCGUCAAGGCGGAGGAAGAGCAAGAGAAGCCGAAGAAAAAGAAGAAGAAGUCCUUGGACGGUUCAGAACCAACAAAGACCGUUGCGUUCGAGGCAGACCUUGAGAAGAAGGAGGAGCGCCGAUCUGAGGAAGCCGAGCUAACAGAGGUGACCUUGGAGGAGGCUGCUGUGGCCGGUGAGGUUGAUGAGGAGGCCGAGUUGGCAGCUGCGCGCAGGAAGAAGAAGCGUGUGUCGUUUGCUGAAGGGUUGGAGGAGCCGGAGGAGAAGGAGGAAGAGCGUGUGGAACCCAUCGGUUUCUCCGAGCACCCGUCAGACGUCUCGGCAACCGCUCUAGGCGAGCUUAUCCAGCUCACCUGUGCCUUCACUGGCGCCCCAGGAAGUGUCCGGUGGUACAAGGGUGCUGUCGAGAUGUUCGAGAUGCGGAACCGGUACGAGAUCGUGACGGAGGGCAACAGGACGACGUUGCGGAUCCUGCGCGCAGCGCCACAGGACAUUGGCGACUACCACGUGACCCUCGACGACAAGCUGGACAGCAUGAGCUCCCGGGUGGACAUCCGGGCAGCGCCGAAGAUCGAUCUGCUCGACACCAAGCCCGAGAUCAAACUGACGCAGGGCCAGACGUUGAGCUUCUCCUUCGAGUUCAACGGAUAUCCCAAGCCUGAGGUUGACGUCAUCCUGAAUCGAUUGCCCUUCAAGAUGAAGGGCCAGGUUGACCAGUACGAGGAUGCGGUGACUGUACGUCUGCGUAACGUCGCCCAGAAAGACGGUGGAACCAUCGAAAUCGACGCCACAAACAUAUACGGAACUGCCACGGCGACGGUCAAGCUGAUCGUGGUAGAUGUUCCUGGGGCACCGCAGAAGUUGGUCUGCCAGAAGGUGACGCACAACUCUGCCGUACUAUCUUGGCAACAACCCGACGAGGACAACGGCGCCCCGAUUACGGCGUAUAUUGUCGAACGGAAGACGGUCGACUUCUCCAGAUGGCGUCAGGUGGCCACCAUCGACGACGGGUCCACGAAAUAUACAGCCAGGGACCUGUUGCCGAAGGAGUUCUAUGGGUUCCGCAUUUUGGCGGUGAAUACUUGCGGUGAAGGGGCCCCGAGCAAGGUGGUCGACGUAGACACGUUGGAGGAGCCGGAGGACUACGAAGAAGAGGGAUACGACGACGAGUUGAAGGAGUACGACGACGAGAAGGAGGAGGUUUUGGAAGAAGACCAGGAGAAGAUCAGCAGACUCUCGGCGAGGACUGAAGACCGACAACCCGAUGCGGACAUCAAGGAGCCAGGUGGUGACGUCGCCAGCGACAAGGGCAAGCCGAAGGCCGAUGAGGAAGAAACCACCGCCGAAAAUGCGACUGAUAAACGUGAAGCGUUCAAAUCGUCUAAACGGCGCUCCACCGAGAAGCAGCUCACGAAGAAUUUGCAUGUUAAGGGCGCCGAAGGGCUCGGAGAUGCACUCUCCGAAGUCACCGCCGAGGCCGAAUUCAGCGGUGAUGAGCAGCAAGAGAAAAGUGUUGGUCAUCUACCUCACCAGGAAAAAUCGAGGGCCUCGCGUCGCACCCUCGAAUCCACCGACCGGCGCACCACCAUCGACUCGGAAUUUUCGCAGGCCGAGGAGUCUGAAGCCGCCGAAUUUGGGGCAAGAUCAUCUACCAGCCAAAAGACCUCCAAGAAAACCCGCGAGCCCAAGGCCCGGGAGAUGAGCCUCGAUUCGGAGCUGAGCCGGGCUGAACUUGCUGGUGACGCCGAGGGGUCAGGAAGGGCCGGAGUGAAGUCAUCUACCUCCAAGAAGGUCAAGAAGUCCAAGGAUCUGCUCACCGGAAUUGAGGCGUACGUCGAGAAACAGGAAGAGAGCCAGUCGGCCGACAUUUCGGAGGCCGACGCCAACAAGGUCAGCGCCAAGAAGAAGAUCAAGGAGCCGAGGCGCGCCUUGCCGAAGUUGGAGUCGGAGAGUCACGAUUCUGAGCCGGACCCAUCUCGCAUUCGGGAAACCGGAAUCGAUUCCGAUUUUUCGAGAGCUGAAGCUGAACAUGAAGCCGGCGUGACUGGUGCUAAAAAAUCGAAGAAGAAGACCAAGAAAUCGAUCAAGGAACCGGAGAGCCAUACCUCCGAUUUGGACGCCGACUUCAAGAAGGACAGCGAAAUGGCUGGAGCUGAAAUUGGAAAUCAAGAAAAAUCCAGUGAGUCGGCUUCAAAACGAGCUCGAGAAGCCGGCAAGUCAAAAACCGGGCUUACUGAAAGCUUCGAAAAAGCGGGAGAAGCCUCUGAAGCUCAUGCUCAAGCGGCUCUUGCUCGCAAGGGAAAAUCCCAGGCCUACCGGGAGAGCUCAAUUGACUCAGAAUUUGCUCGAGAUUCUGAAGCCCUAGCAGCAGAUGGUGCGCAAAAGUCGCGCUCCCGCGAUAAAGCCAAAAAGAAGCUCAAGCAACCCGGGGCCUCAAAAACCUUCCAGGAGCUCGAGCUCAAGGGCAACGAAGCUGCUGAAGCCACUGAAGCUCAAAAAGCGCUUACAAGGAAAGCUAAAGGAACUGCCUACCGAGAAUCAUCUACCGAUUCUGAAUUUGCUCGCGGAGAUCAAGAAGGUCAAGCUGGAGAUGUACAAGCUUCAAAAUCCAAAGCCCAAGCUCGAAAGCAAGCUCGCGAAGCCAAACUCACCGGCAUCGACGCCAAGGAGUUCAGUGCGAGCAAGGACGAAGAUUCUGAAGCUGCACAACAAAGCCUAGCCGCUCAAGACCGUGCCAAAGCCCAGAAGAAGCUUCGUGAAGCCAAACUCACCGGCGUCGACGCCAAGGAGUUCAGUGCGAGUAAGGACGAGGACUCUGAAGCUGCACAGCAAAGUCGAGCAACUCAAGAUAAAGCCAAGGCCAGGAAGAAGGUCAAGGGCUUGACCAGCCAGGAGAAGAACGUCGACUUGGACAUGUCCAGGGGCGAGGAGUCUGAAGCUGCUGAACAGGCCCAAGUUGAUGCUCAUAAGAAGAAGCUCAAGAAGAAGGUGAAAGAGCCGGGACAGCGAGAUUUUUCGGUAGAUAGCACUAUCUCACGAGACGGCUCGACUGGUGCUGCUCAUACCAUCUUGAAGACGGGCGACAAGCUGUACCAGCGCAAGAAGAUGAAGUCGGUCAGCUUCGAGCAGUCGUUGUCGGAAGAUCUGCUACAGAAACCUGGCGAAGAAGCCGGUGCCGAGGCGACGAGACGAAGCAGUUCAUCUGAGGCCGCGAAAAAGAGAGUGAGGGGCACCACCUCGAAGUCGGCCUCCAGGGACUCGGAGAUGUUCAGGGAGGGUGAGGAAGAGGGAAUCGAGGCCAGCUUGGACGGCUCGACGACGUCGAAAACUAAGAAGAAGCUGCGGGCUGCUGGAGAUGAACGCGCCGAACUUGACGCGGAGUUUGAAGGCGAUUCUGUAGCUGCUCAAGCUGAAGCUACGUCUAACUCGAAGUCCAAGGCCAAGAAGAAGUCCAAAGUCCGGGGCACCACCUCUGAGAACAUCUCCGGCGAGUUCGGCCUGGAUUCGGAGGCUGAACGGCUUGAAGGUGAGGCCAACCUGGGGGGCGUCGACUCGAAGAAGGUCUCCAAGAAGUUCAAGGCCUCGGCAAGUGAGGAGGCCGAGCUUCGGGCGGAGUUGGCCCGCGACUCCGAGCAGUCCGAAGCUCAGAAAAUUGAGCAUGAGAAAAAUGAAGCCAAGGAUGAAGCCAAGCUGAGUCAAGCCGAAAAAUCAAAGCUGAAGAAGAAGAAGAAGGCCGGCGAGGCCGAGAAGUUCACCUAUGAAAAUUUGGGCGCUCCGGAAUUUGUGAAGAAGCAGCGCGACUUGAGGGCCGAAAUCGGCUCGACGGCUGUGAUCGAUGUGAAAAUUCAGGCGAAGGAGAAGCCGAAGAUAUCCAUCUACAAGGACGACGGGAAGCUGGACGAGAAGUCUCGUGAGGCUACCGUAGCCUUGAGCCGUGAUGGAGACUUGUGGUCAUUUUCGAUGGUUCUGCCCGACGUGCAAAAAGCGGAUGCGGGAUCUAUUCGGAUUCAAGUCCAGAAUGCGGAAGGCCAGGCUGAGCACGACUUCAAGCUCGCUGUGGGAAAACCCGAAGCCCGCGGAAAGCUGGACUUUGAAGCUCCGCAUCUACUCACCGCCUUGAAGGACCAGGUCGUCAUGGAGGGCGAGACGGCUAGACUGCAAGGACGCGUCUCCGGUUACCCGGCGCCCGAGCUGGUUUGGCUGAAAAAUGGAAAGGAAUUAGCUGUGGCCGAGGACCCGCGAUUCGACCUACAGUACCGCGAGGAGGAUGGGCAGAUCGACCUAGCCAUCCGCGACUGCACGUUUGCCGACGACGACGAGUACAGCCUGCUGGUGGAGAAUAUUGCCGGGGUCGACAGCUGCAAUUUCGAGCUGAUCGUCGAGUGCCCAGUUUACGAUGACGCUGCCCGGUUCGCGCGAAGGCGUACAAAUAAGAAAACCCGUAAGAUGCAGCGUCAGGAUGAGGUGGCCGGGACAUCAGACUCGGAGAUCGAGCUCGAGCAGCAGAAAAAGAAGAAGGGCAAACGAGCAAAGAAGGUAUUCGAGCGGAGCAACUCGUUGGCCAAGCGGAUGACGCAGCUUUUGCCUCCGAAGUUCGAGAAAAUUUUGUCGGACCAUGAUGCGCUCGAGGGAGAAAGUGUUAUAAUGUCUGUAGCGGCCCGAGGAAUCCCCGAACCAGAUAUCCACUUCUACCGCGACUCCAAGAUGAUCGAGCCGGACGAUGAUCGGGUGUUCAUCCGUCGCGGUGGUGCCGAGGGUGACCAUAGUCAUCAGCUGAUCCUCAAAGAUAUCCACAAGGAUGGCGAGGCAGAAUAUGCAUGCCAGGCUGUGAAUAUUGCGGGGGAAGCGUGGUGCUUCUCCGAGCUCGUUGUCCACUCGUCCAAAGAAGGCUCCAUCACCGGCGAGGAGCAGCAGAAGGCGGAGGAGAAACCCAAGAAGAAGAAGACGGCCAAGAAGGACAAGAAGGACGAAAAGCUAGAGGAAGAUGAAGCUAAGCCAGCGAAGCAUGAGGAUGAAGCUACGCCGGCCAAGCCAGUCGAAGCGGAAGCCAAGUCGACCAAGCCUGACGAAGCCAAGCCGGCUAAGCCAGUCGAGGCUGAAGCCGAAGCCAAGCCGGCUAAGCUGGAAGAUGAAGCCAAGUCGGGCAAGCCAGCCGAAGCCGAAGCCAAGCCCGAAGAGGAGGCCAAGCCCAAGAAGAAGAAGACCACAAAGAAGGAGCCCAAGCUUGAGGAGCUUCAGGAGGAGGCCAAGCAAACUGAGGAGGCCGAAGCCAAGGCCAUGCCGGAAGCUGAGCAAGCCAAGCCGGCUGAGCUAGAAAAGGAGGCCGAAGCUGAAAAGACCAAGAAGAGGGACGCCAAGGCCAAGAAGGAGGCUGAGGCGCAGAAGGAGGUCGAGCUCAAGGCGAGGGCUGAAGCGGAAGCCAAACAGGCUGAGGAGCUUAAGCAAAAGAAGCAGGACGCCGAAACCAAGGCUGAGAAAGAAAAGCAGGCUGAGCAGGACAAGCAAGCCAAGACCAAGAAGGAGGCUGAGGAGAAGCAAGCCGCUGAAGCCAAAGCCCAGCAAGAAGCCGAAGCCAAGGCAAAGGCUGAUGCUGAAGAGGCCAAGAAGAAGGAGGCCGACUCCAAGACGGCCAAGAAGGAGGAGAAGGCCAAGCAAGAAGCAGAAGCCAAAGCUAAGCAAGAGGCGGAAGUCAAAGCCAAGUCUGAUGCUGAAGCCAAAAAGCAAGCUGAGAAGGCCAAGGAGGACGAGGCCCAAGUCCAAAAGGCGAAGGUCAAGAAAUCCGAAGCCGACGAAGCCGCCAAGGUUGAAGCUGAACAAGCCGAAAAACCAGCUGACGAGGCCAAGACCGAGGAGAAGAAAACGAAGAAGGUGACCAAGCGCAAGGACUCUGCAGCCAAGUCGGUCAGCGAAGCCGAGGCCAAGUCGAUCCAGGAGGAGAAGACUGAAGCCGAGGCUAAGCUGGCUGAGAAGGCCAACCAAGAGGAAGCUAAGGCUAAGAAGGAGGAGGCCGAGGUUGUAGCUAUGUCCAAGGCUGAAACUGAAAAGAAGGAGGCUGAGGCUAAGAAACAAGCCGAAGCCAAGACAAAGCAAGAAGCCGAGGAGACCAAGAAGAAGCAGGAGGCUGAAGCCAAGGUCGCUAAAGAUCAGGCUAAACAGGACGAGAAGGCCAGGAAGGAGGCUGAGGCUCAGGCUAAACAGGAAGCUGAGGAAGCCCAGAAGAAGGAGGCUCAGGCCGAGAAGGAGAAAGCCAAGGCUCAAGCUGAGGCCAUGAAAAAGGCUGAAGCCGACGAAGCUAAGCAAGUCGAGGCCGCAAAGUCGGCUAAGAAGGAGGCCGAGGUCAAGGCCAAGGCUGAAGCAGAGAAAGCCGAAAAAGAAGCCAAGGCUAAGAAGGAGGCCGAGGAGAAGGCUAAGCAAGCCGCUGAAGCCAAGGUUAAAGCUGAGGCUGAGGAGGCCAAGAAGGAGGCUGAGACUCAAGCUAAAAAGCAAGCUGAGGAGGCUAAGAAGAAGGAGGACGAGGUCAAGAAGUCCAAGAAGGCCGAAAAGGCCAAGACGGAGGACGAGGAGAAGGCCAAGCAAGAAAUAAAGUCCAAAUCCGAAGCCACCGAAGCCGAGCAAGUCGCCAAGGCCAAGAUCGAGGAGGUCAAGGAGGAGACCAAGCCCGAAAAGCCAAAGAAGAAGAAGGCCGCCAAGAAGGACGAGACCGAGGAGGUCAAGGCUGAAGAACCCAAGGCAGCCGCGCCGAGCAAGACCAAGAAGGAGGCCGACGUCAAGAAGGAGCCCGAGCCCAAGCCAAAACCGCAGCCUGUAGUUGAAAAGAAACAAUCGGAUACCCGGAUGACGAGUCGUGAGACGAGCCCCAGUGGGGAUAAGAAGAAAAAGGUGCCUCACCCCCUGGUGAUCCCCGAUGAGAUCCAUUCCCGUUUUGGCGACCCGAGCACCCUCCAUUCCGAGACUAACAUCACCACCACUGUCACGGCACGCGACGGCAGCGCUGAGGUGCUCUCCCCGGUGAAGCAGCCGCAGUCGGCGAGCAUCGUGAAGACGGUCCGCUCGCGCACUUCUACGCCCGUAGAAGGCGCUGAAUUCACGCUGGAGCAGCCGGCGCAGGCCGGCCAAGCCGCUACGCAAGACGCUGAAGCCGAAGCGAAGGUGACCAGGAAGUCGAGGAGGGACGGGCUGCCGCCAUUGCCCAGUGAAGCCGACAAAGCCAAGUCGAAGGCUGAUGCUGAGGAGGCUGAAGCUAAGAAAGUGGCUGAGGAACGAGCUGAAGCUGAUCAGGCUCUGGCGGAGAAGUCCAAGCAGGACGAGGCCAAGACAAAGAAGACGAAGAAGACUGAGGCCGAGAAGAUCAAGGAGGACGAGGCCAAGGCCAAGGAGGAGCCUGAGAAAGCUAAGCAAGAAGCUGACGAAGUUAAGGCCAAGAAGACGAAGAAGGUUGAGGCCGACAAGUCCAAGGAGGACGAAGCUGCUGCUCAAAAAGCUAAAGCCAAGAAAUCCGAAGCCGACGAAGCCAAGGCGAAGCAAGAAGCCGAAGCUAAAGCUAAGAAAUCCGAGGCCGACAAGGCCAAGGAGGAUGAGGCUAAGGCUAAGAAAUCCGAAGCUGAUGAAGCCGCGAAGAAGAAGGAAGCCGAGAAGGCCAAGGACGACGAAGCUGCGGCUCAAAAAGCCAAGGCUAAGAAAUCCGAAGCCGACGAACCCAAGUCGGAAGCUGAACAAGCUGCCGAGACCAAGACCGACGAGAAGAAAAAGAAGAAGGUGACCAAGCGCAAGGACUCGGCCGCCAAGUCUGUCAGCGAAGCCGAGGCCAAGUCGAUCCAGGAGGAGAGGGCUGAAGCCGAGGCUAAGCUGGCUGAGAAGGCGAAAGAGGACGAAGCCCAGGCUCAAAAAGCCAAGGCCAAGAAAUCCGAAGCCGACGAUGCCGCCAAGGCCGAGGCUGAACAAGCCAAGGCGAAGAAGACCGAAGCCGAAGCUGAACAAGCCGAAGACGGCAAGGCUGAAGAAGAUCAAGACAAGAAGAAAAAGAAGAAGAAGGUCACCAAGAAGUCCGAGUCUCAGGUUGGCCUUGACGAGGCCAGCGAGGCUUCUGAAGCUGCACAACAAGCCCAAGAAGCCGAGGCUGUAGCUGAACAAGCCGAGCCCGAGAAGAAGCUGAAAAAGAAGAAGAAGGCCGCCGAGAAGUCGGAUGAGACGGCAUCUGAAAUCUCUGAGAUUCCAGAGGCCGAAGAAGCUGAUCUCAGCGAGGCCGACAAGGUCAAGGAGGUCAAGGAGCCCGAGCUCGACGACAGUCUAACUCGCCGAAGAGGUUCCGCCGGAUCUACGGAUUCUUCAGGGCGACGCAGGAAGAAGCGCGAGGGCUUCGUCUCCGUACCUGACCCCAGGCUCAUCGGGUUCCGCGGAGACUCAGUUAAAUUUGAGUGCGAGCUGGCGAAUGAGGAGGACGAGGUCGAAUGGUUGAUCAACGGCAAGCCCGCUUCAGAGGAGCCCAGGGCGAAAAUCGUGAAGAAGGGCAUCUUCCAGAGCCUCGUGCUCGAAUCUGUUGCUCCCAAGGACCACGGUCUGAUCAUCGCCGGCCAGCUCCCGAGCGCCAUCUUCGAGUCAAAGCUCGUCGUCGAGGACACGCCGGUGAUCAUCGAGUCCAAGCUGGCCCGAAAAUCCAUCUGCAAGGCCGGAGAGGCCUACACGAUCAAGGUCAAGCUCAACCACGGCACGAAGAACAUCCGGUGGACCCGCGACAACGAGGUGCUCAGCGCCGACGGGGAGUACGAGAUCUACUACGACCCGGAGGACGAGUACGUGUCGCUCACCAUCAAGAACCCGAGCUACAAGCAUGCCGGGAGGUACGUGCUCCAAGCCGGUGAGGCUGAGGUUUUCACAAACCUCGAGGUGCAGGGAGCACCAGUUUUCCCGGAGGAGGGAAGAGCCGUUGAGAUUGAGGCUAAUGAUAACCUAGUGCUCAAUCUCAUCUACAAAGGAGAUCCAGAGCCCACCGCGGAGGUCGUGCUCAAUGGAAAACCGUUGCCAAAGGAGGCCAAGGUCGAGCUCGGGGUUGUUGGGAAUACAGUAAGAUUCUCGAAACGCCAUGCUAGUAAGGAAGAUGCUGGUGACUACACCUUCACGCUCAAGAACGAGUUCGGCGAGGUAUCUACCACCGUUAAGGUCAAGGUAUCGGACGUACCUUAUGCUCCCGAGAAUCUACAAGCAACCGGAGGCUCAGCCACCUCAGUCAUGCUCAGGUGGGAGGCCCCGGAGGACAACGGUGGUGCUCAAAUCUCCGGCUACGUCGUCGAGAAGAAGGAGUCCGGCCGUCGAGCGUUCCACCCUGUCGCUCAAACCUCAGGCUCCAGAAACAACUUCGAGGUCGAGGAGCUUGAGCCCGAGACGGAGUACAUCUUCCGGGUGGCGGCGGUGAACAAGUUUGGUACCGGCGAGUUCGCGGAGACGGGCACGGUAUCGACAUCCACAGCUUUUGAAGCCCCUACCGUCUCUGAGGCUCCUAGGAUUGAGUCUCAGAGUUCAGACUCAGUCACGUUGACUUGGUCGGAGCCUAGCCGCACCGGCGGAUCGCCCAUCUACGCCUACGACGUCUUCGUCAAGGAGGCCGGCAAGGAGUGGCAGAAGGCCAACGACGAAGCCUGCUUCGCCAAGAGCUUCACCGUGCCGAACCUCAAGUCCGGCGUCGGCUACAAGUUCAAGGUGGAGGCCAUCAACGAGGCGGGGCUGACCUCCGACUCCAACAAGUCCACCGACACUGUGCAACUCCAAGGGAAACCCACCCAAAAACUGCAGAUACCGAGGAUCUUUAUCACGGACGUCGAUGCUGUAGAUGUUCACUGGGACUCGCCGUCCGACUCGGACUCUACCGGGUAUACGGUGGCGUACAAGUCGGAGUCGUCGUCGGUGUGGGCUGAGGUGGAGGUUCCGCGAAGCCCCGCCCACAUCACCGACCUGAAGGAGGGCAUCGCGUACGUGUUCCGAGUUGCACCACGGAACGCCAAUGGUACUGGAGAGUUCUCGGAGGCUAGUGCUCCGGUUAAGGUGGCCCUCGAAGCCGCGCCGCAAAUCAUCAAGGCGCUGAAGGACGUGAACAUCCCGAAGAAGGGCGAUUUGCAUCUGGAGUGCCACGCCUCGGGAGAACCAGCCCCGGAAUACAUUUGGUACAAAGAUGAUGAGGAAUUUGUGCCGGCAGAUGAUCGAACCGAGAUCCUCUGCGAGGGCCACAUGUCGGCGCUGAAGAUCCACAAGACCAAGGAGUCCGAUGCUGGCAAAUAUACAUGCCAGGUGGCCAACUCGAGCGGAAAAACCGAAUCCACAUCUCGGGUGACGAUCGGUGACGUGAGGGCCCACUUUGAGCGCUCAUUCUCCGAGGAGACGAUCGUCGAAGAGGGAGCGGACAUUGUACUGUCGUGUACGCUGUCCGACGCUGAUGCUCAGGUCAACUGGUUCAAGGAUGGCCGUCGCCUCGCCGUCUCCGAACGCAUUCAAAUCGAGCAGCGCGGUGCGGAUCGUACACUCACCGUCAAGAAGGCCACCCUCCAGGACGCUGGCCAUUACAGGUGUGAAACAACAGACGAGCGUAGCCGUGCCGAGGGCGCGGUUACGGUAAAGGAAGAGGAGGCCCACAUCCAGAUCGGCCCUCAGGACCAGGAGAUCCAAAACUUUGGCGAGACCGUGACGCUGGCCUGUCAAUUGACGAAGCCCAUCCGCCGCGCCAAGUGGUUUAAGAACGGCCAGGAAGUGUGGCCGCAGUUGAAUAAGGUUCACAUGGCCGUCGAAGAGCGCACGGCCACGCUGCAGAUCCGCAACUUUGACAAGCAUGACGUCGGCGAGUACACGGUAUCGAUUUCCGACACCGAGAAGAGCGCCCCGGCCACUGUAACCCUGAAUGUGCGGCCGAUUAUCACACUCCCGGAAGCCCUCGACCGUCCAGAGGUGCAGGCCGUAGCCGGAAAGGAGUUCGACUUUGCCGCUGAGUUUGCUGGAAGCCCCGAGCCCACGAUUAAGGUAUACCACAACGGGCAGCCCAUCUCCCUCUCCGGGGCCGAGGUCGACAAGUACGAGGAUACCGUAUCGAUUCGGAUGAAGCACCUAAAACGCGCCGAUUCCGGAGAGAUCCGCAUCGUGGCCAGCAACGAGUUCGGCGAGACGACGAAGACGAUCAAUUUGAACGUCAUCGACGCGCCGUCGGCCCCGUUGAAUUUGGUCGCUUUCCACACGACUACAAACUCCACAUGCCUGUCGUGGGAGGCCCCAGAACACUCGAAUGGAGCCCCGAUCACCGGAUAUGUCAUCGAGCGGCGACAGGUGGAGCACGACCGUUGGAGGAACGUCGGCCGCGCUCGGCCUCACCAUCUGACGUUCGAGGAUCUCGACCUGUUCUCCAACGAGUUGUACACGUAUCGUGUACUUGCUGUAAACGACGUCGGCACUGGGCAGCCAUCGAAACAUCUCGAUGUCUAUUCACUUGACGAUGAGGCGGAGGAAGAAGGAGAUGAGAGAGAUACUGUAGUUGCUCCCACCCAAGAACUUGGCACUCCAAAUGCACCAUAUGUUGAAGUCGAUGGCGCCAAGGUGCACCUCAGCUGGUCGGCCGUCCCCGCCGCCCAGUUCUACCGUAUCGAGCGGAAACCGGCCGGAACCGGAGCUUGGAUUGAGCUUGCCACCACGGACCGUCUGAACUACACGGACAGGACAAUUUCUGACGAUGACGACUUCGUCUACAGAAUUGUGGCCCUUGGCGAUUCUACCAUCUCCCCGCCCAGCAACUCCUCAGUGUCUGUACGCGUUGAAAAAGUUGAAGAAGAGAAGCCAACCUGGUCCGUGAAGCCGGAAGCUGAAGCUGCUCGGGAAGAAGCCGACGACUUCAAGAAAGUCGCGGCUGGAAUUGAAGAAGAGGAGUCCGGAAAGAAGAGACGACUCAAGAAGAAGGAGAAGCUGGAAGCUGGAGAAGACCAAGCUUCUGAAGCUGCACAGGCUGAGGAAGCAACUUCCAAGCCAUCCGAACUUGUUGAAGUCACCGUCGCUGACGGAGAUGCUAAGAAGAAGGCCAAGAAGGUGGUGAAGAAGAAGAAGACCGAGGAUAUGAGCCUGGCGAGUGAGGAGAUUUCCGAAGUUUCUGAAGUUUCCGAAGCUUCGGGAGCUUCUGAAGCUGCUCAAGCCAAGCCUAAGGUUGAAGCUGAGGCUGAGCAAGCCGAGAAGAAGGAGGCCGACUCCAAGAAGGCCGAGAAGGAUGACAAGGCCAAGCAAGCCGAAGCCGAAGUCGAAGCCAAGCAAGCCGAGGCCGAAGCUGCUCAAAUCCAAGCUCAGGCUCAGGCUCAAGCCCAAGAUACCGAAGCCGCCGACGCCGCCAAGGCCAAGAAGAAGGUGGUCAAGAAGAAGAAGAGUGAGGUUGGAAAGGCUGAAGCUCAAGCUGAGGCUCAAGAAGAAGCCAAGGAGGCCGAGGCUAGGCAAGCCGAGGCCAAGUCAGCCAAGCAAGACGCGGAAGCCGACAAGUCCAAGGAGGUCAAGGCAAAGCAAGAAGCCGAGGCCAAGACAAAGGCUGAGGAGAAGAAGAAGGAGGAAGAGAGGGUUCAAGCUCAGGCUCAAGCCGAAGCGAAGAAGGAGGCCGAGAAGCAAGCCAAGGCUGAAGCUGAACAAGCCAAGAAGAAGGAGGAAACUGAAGCUACAUCCAAAGCUGAGGAAGCCAAGAAAACCGAAGCAAAGAAGGCUGAGGCCGAGAAGACCAAGAAGGAGACCGAAGCCAAAAAAGCUGACGAAGCUAAGAAAGCCGAAGCCAAGGCCAAGAAGGAGGCCGACGACGCCAAGAAGGUCGAGGAGGAGAAGAAGAAGGCUGAGGCUGAACAAGCCAAGAAGAAGGAGGUCGAAGCCAAGAAAGAGGCCGAGAAGUCCAAGAAGGAGGCCGAAGCCAAGAAAGCCGAGGAAGCCAAGCAAGCCGAAGCCGAACAAGCGGCGAAGAAGAAGGCCGACAAGUCGAAGAAGAAGGACCAGCAUGAAGAUGAACAAUUGACGAAGCAGAAGGAGGCGUUGAAGCCGGUUGACAAGAAGAAGAGGGAUUCUCAAGAUGAAGCCGGAACCGCUUCGGAAGCUGGCACGGCUGAAUCGGUGACUUCUGAAGUGGAAUCGAAGGUAUCGGAGGAAGGAGAUGAAGCCAAGAAGCUGAAGAAGAAGACGAAGAAGGCCGAGUCGGAAGUGUCGCAAGCCGAAUCGGGCGAGAAGACGGAAGAUGAGGAGAAGAAAAAGAAGAAGAAGGCCAAGAAGCUGGAUGCCAAGGUAUCCAAACGCUCGCUGAGCUUCGAAGAAGGAGCCGUGGCCGAGCUGGUCGUUGAGGUGAACGAGGAGGAUGUCGAAGCCGAAUGGACCAGGGAUGGCCAGAAGCUUGACGCGUCCUACACGACCACAAAUGAGAAGAACUAUUGCCGUCUGAAGUUCCGGGCCAUCGCCACCACCGGAGGCACUUACGUCUGCAAGGUGAAAUCGAAGGACGGACAGACGGCUACUGUCGAUUUUGAAGUGACCGUCAAUGAAAAGCCGAAGGUUACGGUAGAAGAGAGCGAAGUCGAAGUCAACGCCGGAGAAUCCGUGCAACUGUAUGCAAAUAUCUCUGGUCACCCACCGCCAAUCUGCACCUGGACCAAGGAUGGCAAGGCCCUGAAAGCGGAUUCGAAGCAUGCCAUGAAGGAAAAAGACGGCCUGGCCACGCUGACGAUCAAGAACUGCCAGGCCGACUCGGCGGGCACGUACGUGCUGCUGGCGAAGAACAAGACCGGCGAGACGGUCGUCAAGAUCAAGCUGGCCGUUAAUGCGCCAGGAGCGAAGAAGGCCGAGGACAAACCGCUGCCAGCCCCGGAAAAACCUACCGUAACCGGUGUCACCCAGAACACCGCUACCGUUGCGUGGAAAGCUGCGGAAUCGCCGGCCGUCCAUUAUGUGCUCGAGUACAAGGAGCUGAAAUCCAAGCGCUCGUGGCAAUCGGUGACCAAGGACAAGAUCACUGGCACCACCUACACGGCCGAGGGAUUGAAGAAAGACAUCGAAUACCAGUUCCGCGUGUCGUACGCAAACGCGUCGGGAACCGGACCCGCCUCCGAGCCAUCGGACCCGGUGAAAUGUGAAGACCGGAAAGUCGAAGCGAAGCCCGAGUUCACCACCAAGCCAGAAGACCUCGUGGUGGCAAAGGAGAAGGGCAAGGUGAAGAUGGUCGUCGAAUUCCGCGGCCAGCCCCAACCCGAAGUACAUUGGUACAAGAAUAAGAAGGAAAUCUUCUCCGGCAAGCGCCAGUGGAUCGAGACGGUCCCCGGCACGUCAUCACUGUCCAUCGGAGAAAUGCGGGAGGACGACGAGGGAGAGAUUACGAUCAAACUGAAGAACGCCCUCGGGGAAGCUAGCCACAGCUUCAAGCUCUGUAUGGAUUCGCCGCCACAGAUAAACCGCGUCGACCGCUACGCGUCUGCCCAGCUGUUCGACAAGGGCGACACCGUCAAGCUGCGCCUCUCCUUUACCGGUUGGUGCCUU